AUCACAAGUCCCACUGCACUUACGGAUAUUCGUGGUAUCAAGUUCCGCCAAAGAUGCUAACACGGGUAAACAAACUGUCAAAGUGUUAGUAAAUAGGGGGAAGGGGAGCGUGUUGCUGUGUAUAUUUACGUGUGCUGUCACCGGUAACAAGGACAAAUGGCAAAUAAACUCGACGAAGUGUUAGUUUCAUCUGCAAAGUUAUUGGAAAUCCUCGCAGGUACCACAGAUGACGAAGAAGAAGGAAAGUUGGUCGCAGAAUAUAUAACGACUUUAAACAAUCAUGUUCGACUGGAAGAUUUUAAAAAUAAUCUUGAGUGGUUCAAUACCAGCAAGUCACUAUCAUUGUAUGAUGACCUGAAGGGAAAAGUAGUUGUACUUGACUUCUUCACAUAUUGUUGUAUUAACUGUUUGCACAUACUUCCUUAUUUGAAGACCCUGGAAGAUACAUGUUCUGUAAAGGAUGGCCUGGUGAUUGUUGGUGUACACAGUGCAAAAUUUAAUAAUGAAAAAGAUUCAGCAAAUAUUCUUUCCGCCUUGCAACGUUAUGAAGUGCAUCAUCCUGUCGUUAAUGAUUCUGAAGGUAUAAUGUGGAAUGACAUUGCCAUUCCAUGCUGGCCUACACUACUUGUGUUGGGUCCAUCAGGUGAGCCCAUUUUGGUGCAGGUUGGAGAGAGCGGUGUUGCAGUAGCACUAAAAUUUGUAAAAAUUGCUUUGAAAUACUUCAGAGAGAAAGGAUAUCUAUCAGAACACACCCUGCCUGUGACACCAGCAGCACAUUUACGCCCAAAGUGUAACAACUCACUACUGUUCCCAGGAAAGAUCACUGUCUGUCACUGCUGCAAGGAAAAACCAUGUGGCACCAUUGCGAUUUCAGACACUGGCAACCAUCGUGUUGUUAUCAUGUCAGACUGUGGUAAAGUUGAGUCUGUGAUUGGUGGAACAGAGAAAGGCUGUUCUGAUGGCACCUUUACAGAAGCCCGAUUCAAUAGCCCUCAAGGAUUGGCAUUUCAAAGCUGUAAACUGCUGUUUGUUGCAGAUACAGAAAACCACUGCAUCAGAAAAAUAGAUCUCACUGCAUGCCAAGUGACAACUGUGGCAGGAACAGGCAAGCAGGGACACGAUACAGCUGGAGGUGGCCUGUGGACCCAGCAGUCCCUAUCAUCUCCCUGGGACCUCUGUCUUGUUCCUGGAAGAGAGGCAGAUGCACAAAAUGAUCUCAGAGUACUUCUUAUAGCCAUGGCAGGCACUCACCAGUUAUGGGCUCUGUUUCUGAGGGACACUGUGUGGUGGAAGCAGCGGUUUUAUAAGGAGGGAACUUGUGUUGCCAUUGUGGGUACUGGGAAAGAAGAAAAUCGUAACAACUUAUAUCCUCAUGCUGCAGCUUUUGCACAGCCUUCUGGUGUGACACUCUCUCCUGAACUGCAAGCUGUCUUUGUGGCAGAUAGUGAGAGCUCAAGUAUUCGGAGAGUAUCAUUCGUCGAUGGAAAAGUCAGUGCUGUUGCUGGUGGCAGUAGAAGUCCUUUUGAUCUGUUCCAGUUUGGAGAUGUAGAUGGGAAGUUAUAUGAUGCUAAAUUACAGCAUCCUUUAGGAGUUGCUUGGUGUCCAAGGAAUGAAACACUCUAUGUGGCAGACUCUUACAACCACAAGAUAAAAGCUAUCUCAGUUUCAACUAAUUUCUGUAAAACCUUUGCUGGUAGUGGAAAAUCUGGUGACUCAGUUGGACCCAUAGGUGAUAAUUCAGUUCAGUUCAGUGAGCCAGGCGGGUUAUGUGUGAGUUCUGAUGCAUCAAAAAUUUACAUUGCUGACACAAACAAUCACAGUAUAAAAAUGAUUCACUUGGAAUUGGAAUUGCUUGAAAGAGUGGAUGUUCAUAUUUCUAAUACGUAUAAGAAGAAGACAAGAGCACCAAGAAAUUGUGUCCAGACUAAAAUUGCUAAAAUACAUCCUAAUGGAGGAACGGCCAAACUGAAAUUUAUUGUUGGUCUUGAUGAAGGCUUAUCAUUAACUCCAGAUGCUCCCCAAAAAUGGGCACUUGAGUUUCCUGAUGAGGAAUGGCAGUCCAAUAAUUUAAGUGGAGAAUACAAAAAAGAAUUAGAUGUGGAACUAACAGUACCAAAAGCCAAAGAAAAUCAGUCAACAUCUGCAGUAAUGGUUUUUCGGAUGUACCUGUGUAGAGCUAACAAUGAGUGCCUUAUGAAGAAUCUACGGUUUCUGUGUACUGUUCAUUAUGAUACUGCUGCACCCACAGAAAUUAGUGACAGUUUCAAAUACAUAGUAUCAUAACACUGUUAUAUAGGUAAUCAAUGUGCACUUAUUUCAUUGCUUAUUAACAGUGCAAUUCAGUUAUGAAAAUCCUGAAGACAGUAUUCCUUUUGGGGGAAACACACACAGAAAAUAUUUCCAGGUUCUUGUAACUCACUGUUGAAAUAACUGUACUGUUCUACAGUUCACCUGAUAAUAAUGUAGAAAGCAAAAAUAUAAAAUAAUAUAUUUUUAAUCUGUACUAAUGAAUUUGUUAAAAAUAGCAAAUUAGGUCAUGUCACAAAUUAUCAGUUUGUACAAUACUAUUUGUAUCUAGCACAUGUCAUUUAUGUACUCUGUUUAUUAUAGUUUUCAUUGGCUGUCAAAUGAUUGUACAGUCAAUGUCGCAUAUUAACUGAUGAAUUUUAAAUUAAUUACUUCAGUUAAGGUGUGAUUUAUACAAAAUGAAACAAAAAUAAAUGCCUCACAUCAGUUGCAAGCAGAGAAAGAGAAUGAAAAAAAAGAGGAGUUUUUUCUUGCAGCUGGGACUAAACAUGUAUUAAUUUCUUUAGGUGGCUUUGAAUAAAAGCAUACUAUAUUGAAUAAUAAUCUCCUCAUUAUUUUGAGAUCAAAGGACAAAUGCUUAUUCAGUAACUGUUGAGAACCUGGACACUAUCAAAAGAUUUCCCUUUGACCCAAUUAGAGUGUGUGCAGUUGAUGUAACAGGAACAUAAAGGUAGUUUAGUUUUUAAGUCACAUAUUAUGAUUUUUAAGUUAAUUUGAAAUGGAAUUCCUUCAUGUAUUACCAAGAAUGGAAUGGGUAAAGACUACCACUCAUCUGCGCUAUGGAGUUAUUGAGUGAGGGGAAGGCACAUAAAGUACACUACGGUGCAAACUUAAGCAUGAAAAUGAUUUUUGUUUAAUGUGUCACUGCAAGUAAGACAGCUCAAUGAAACUUGGACAGUAUGUAGAAAGAACUGCUACAGUACAACACUGUACAGAACAUAACUGACAGAAAUACGCAUUGGGAUGAAAAGAAAUGACACUUUUAUUCAAAGACAAUAAUUACACUGAAUUCACCACCUUUUAUGACCAUCUCAUGGAUAUUACAAAAGACAGAAUAUAGUUUUUUAACAGGGUGCAUGAUCAAAAUGUGUGGCAAUGCAUGCUGUGGAAUGUGCUCCUAUGCCAGUAACAAGGUUGUAAGGAGGUCUUGUGGUAGGGAGUUCCACUCCUCCACCACCACAGUUGGCAACUGCUGGAUGGUUGUUGGUGCAUGUGAACAUGCUGCAAUAUGUCUCCCCAAUUCUUCCAAUGCAUACUUGAUGGGAUUCAAGUCAGGGGAGAUCGUUCAUCUGCACUGUCCAACGCAUUGCACAUUGUUAUCCAUAAAAGAGACAUCAGGGCUGAAUGCACCCCUGAAAAAAUGAACAUGGGAAUGGAGUGCAGUGUCACAAUAACAUUGAUCAAUGAGUGUACCGUGUUCAGAGAUUUACAAUUGUGCCAAGAGCAUAGGGACUGGACCCAAGAGGAGUGACAUUGCAUGCUCUUUUCAGAUUAGAGCAAUUUCAGUGUGCAAAGUGAUUCUGAACAUACCACCAUAUGCCAAGAUGUGGAAACAUGUAAUGUGUCCAAGAACAUUGUCAAACAUGAUCAUUUCAGUGGCCCAGUUGUUAUGGUGUGAGAAUGCAUAAUGUUGCGUGGACACACUAACUUCUAAAUAUAUGAACACAGUCCACUCAGCAGUCACUAUUAUUUUGACACUGUACUCCUUACCCAAGUGUAUCUUUUCAGCAGUGCUUUUGACCUUAACAUUAUUUUUAUUUGUGACAGUGUGCAACCUCAUCAAACAGCAUAGGUGGAGCAGCUGUUGGAAUGAGUGGACUUUCAGCGAAUUGACUAGCCUACCUGUUCCCAAUUUAAAUACCAUCGAACAUGAAUACCUGUCCACAUACACUGAUGGCUAUCUGGCAGUUGUCAGCCAUGCUGGUGGAGGAAUGGACCUGCCUACCACAAGAACUCACACACCCUAUUAAGAACCAUGUCUCGCCUUUUGUAAUGUCCAGGGGAACAUCAGAAAUUGUGGUGAUUUCAGUGUAAAUAUUGUCUUUGAAUAAAAAUGUCAUUUCUGUUCGUCUCA